GAGACGGUGGGAUGUGGGAUGUGGAAUGGUGAUGGUAUAUAUAUCGGCGCGAUGUGCCGGGUGCGGAUCUGUCUACCGACUGUCAAGCAAGAAUCAGCUGAUUUUAAUCGGUGCUUUUAUUACACUUAACGAUUGUGUCGCAAGUUACUCUUUCACGCUGAUCUUUAAUUGACUGAAAGAUUGUACAUACGAGAUAUUAUUCUCUUUGAAAUAUUAUAAUUUUUUGGGAAAGAGAAGUACUUUUGCGAAUCGGAAGCAUGACGAAUACAGAUGAGAAAUUUUAUUACUCUUUGAGCGGCGAUAAACAGGAAGAUGAGAAACUAUUGGAACCGAUUAGAUACAUUCUCCAAGUUCCUGGAAAGCAGAUAAGGGCGAAAUUAGCCCAGGCCUUUAAUUACUGGCUAAAAAUAUCACCCGACAAAAUAGAAGCAAUAGAGGAAAUAGUAACUAUGCUCCAUAACUCCAGCAUCAUAAUUGAUGAUAUUCAAGAUAAUUCCAUUUUACGAAGAGGUAUUCCUGUUGCUCAUUCUGUUUAUGGAAUUGCUAGCUCAUUAAGUGCUGCAAAUUAUAUAUUAUUUAUCGCUUUGGAAAGAGUUGCUAACUUGCAACAUCCUGCAGCAACAAAAGUGUACAUGGAACAAUUGUUGGAACUUCAUAGAGGUCAAGGAAUGGACAUUUUUUGGCGGGACAAUUUCAUCUGUCCAAGUGAGGCAGAUUACAAGACUAUGACAAUAAGAAAAACUGGUGGUCUCUUUAACUUGGCAGUAAGAUUAAUGAAAUUGUUCUCAACUUAUGAAGAAGACUUGUCAUCGCUAAUAGCCACUUUGGGUUUGUACUUUCAAAUACGUGAUGAUUAUUGCAAUUUGUGCCUUGGUGAGUAUACCGAAAAUAAGAGUUAUUGCGAGGAUUUGAGUGAAGGAAAAUUCAGCUUUCCCAUUAUUCAUGCGCUUACAACGAAUCCUGAUGAUAGGCAAAUAGUUUCCUUAAUAAUGCCUGAUAAAGAUAUUUUGAGACAACGAACUAAAGAUAUCGAAGUGAAACGCCAUUGCAUUAAAUUGUUAGAAAAAUUUGGCUCUUUCAAGUACACAAGAAGUGUCCUUGAAGAGUUGGACAUGAAAGCAAGAGCUGAGAUUGAACGUUUAGGAGGCAAUCCGUUUUUGAUAAAAAUUUUAGAUGAACUCAAAAAUUGGGAUACCAAAGAAGCACCUAAAGAUCUUUUAACUGGAACAUUUUAAAUUUAAGACAGAAAGAUAUAUAUGUCAAAUUUGUAUAUUUCUUUAUCAUUUUAUAUAAAACUGCAUGUUUUCAUAGUGCAAUGAUCUGUUUUUGACAAAAGAAAACAAGGGAUGAUUAUACAUGAAAAAAAUGAUAUAUGGAACAAUUAAUAAAAAAUUCAGAAUAAAAUUUUUUGAUAGGAAGCUUUAUUUUAUGAAAAGAAACGAAGUAUUAUAAAUAAUAUAAGUUUAUGCAUGUAAAGUAAAAAAUAUUUAAUAUUAUAUUUUAAUGUAAAAAUUGUGGUCUAUUUUUGUUGCGUUUUAAAAACUAUAUUGUAUAAAUGUAAUCAUGAUUUCUUCUUAAAUGUAUUUUAAGUUUUUAAUUCUUCAAACGCUGAUACUGUUAUCACUCCUGGAAUUCUCAAAAUAAACUAUUGAUUUCAAUGAAUCUUUUUAAUAAAAAUCAAGAUAUAUAUGACAAAUCUAAUAAUCCGAGUGAUCAAGUUAUUACCACAGUCAAUCCAAUAUUUAUAUUGCUUGUUUGAAAAGUUUGAAAAGUAUUUUUUAAAUGUGAGCUUCUUUCAUAUUCAUUUUCAAAAAAAUCUUUUACUUUUUGACUUAUUUCGAUUUAUUGUUUCACGAAAAAUCAUACCCUUGCUAAUUGUACUAUUAAUAAUGAACUAGUACUAUGUUAAUAUUAUAUAUUGCGAAUUA